ACAAACCCCACCUUGACAGCUCACCCACUCGCUCACUCGUUCCAUCCCGUUCCGUUCACUCCACGAUACGAUAACUAUACAAAGGAUAGAUUGAUAGUAAAGAUAAGAAAGCAAUGCUGUCCCGCACUGUCCGCGUCGCACACCCACGCCUCGCCCGCUCGAUUCGCGUCUGGGGGAAGCGUUGGGAGACCGAGAUCCGGGAUGGGAAGAGGAUGGAGAGAAGAAGCGAGUACGUGCCUGGGAGGGGUUGGGUUUCUGAGCGUGCUGAGGAGGAAGAGCAUGACGAUGGUGGCGAAAUCGACCUGAUUACCUUGAAGCGAGUACCCAAGGCACAGAACAGCUGGGAUCCGGACGCCGACGGGAAGAACUGUGACCACGGGGGGAAGACUGGGUUCUUGGACGGCUUCCUGCAGGAACCUUCUUCAUCAGCCUCGCCACCUCAGGGUGCUAAGAGUGUUAUCCCUCCGCAAAAAAGCUCUGUAUUGCCGUCGGGCGUUGCAGCCGCUACGCCUACCUACCCCGAUCCCGAGCAGGCUCCUCCUCCACUGCCUCCUCGGCCGACACAACCACCGUCACCACCGCCGCGCGAUAAGCCCGAACCGAGUUCUCCGGAAUCCGAUUCCGGCUCCGAGUCCGACUCUGACAUGGAUAUACUCCUCCCCAGUGACGUUAGGUCUUCUGCUGGACGUCCAGUGAAGAGCAAGUACGAGAUCGAAAUUGAGAGGGAACGGAGGGUGAGGAGGGAUGCCAUGGUUCAGGAAUGGAUGCAGCUACGUGAGGAGCAGGAGAGUGCUAUGCACAACAUCAGGGCAUAUAGAAUAAUGCGGGAGCAGAAGGAGGCUCAGAGGAAAGAGGCCGAACGGAAGGAGAUUGAGAGAAGAGAGGUUGAGAGAAGAGAAGCUGAAGAGAAAGAGAUACAGAGAAGAGAGGUUGAAAGAAGAGUAGCUGAAGAGAAAGAGAUGCAGAGAAGAGAGGAAGAAAGGAGAGAGAAACUUCGGCUGGAGAACCAAAGAACUAUCGAGCUGGAGAUAGAACGUGGGAGGAUUCUCCAAGAGAUCAAGAAGAGGGUCAGGACGGAGUCAACAGCUCCUUUGAGAGAAGAUAAGGAGGAGUUGGAUUGGUCCGGCACGGAUACCCCGGCCGCCGAAGAUACCUACAAGACCCCACAAUACCCCCCAGCGCAAAAAUACUUUGUCUUGACGCGAAAUCCAUCCACCAACGACUUCAACUUUGCGCCCCUUCCUCUCGCCCUAUCUCCCAUCUCACCCGAACAGACCACCCCGAUAAAAGUGUUCGAGAACAUGCAGUCCCCCGAAAAGUUUAUAGGUUAUUGGGAUGUAGUUCAGAGGUUGGGCUUUGAGAUCGUGGCGGGAGAGAGGGAGUGUGUUAUUGUUCGCGCCCCCAUCGAGGAUGCAGAUGGGAAAAUGCAGAGCAUGCUGCAGGAGAUCGAAGGGAUGCGGAAGCUCCAAACUAAACCCGCCCUCAAGGACAACACGCCACCGAAGGGGCUAGAUGCAAUUGCAGCAGAUAUUGCUGGCAAAAUCGGCCUUGGCGGAAAAUCAUCGCCAGUAGUCGAAGAGCCACCAAAGGUGUUCGAAGAGUUUUCCAGUCUCGUCGGUGAGACUAGCAAACCUGUUGAAAAAGAGCUCGCGCCCACCGAGCAGGAGACGGCUAAACCAAUCGAGGAAGCUGCCAAAUUGCAAGAAGUAUCUUCUGAAGCCCGUGAGCCCAAGGCCCCAGAGGAGGAUUUCAAACUCAACCCUUCGGACAUCAAGCGUCCGGACCAGAUCGCCGAGGAUGCAAAAUACCCCGAGGUGGUGGAAGAGAACAUCGAGUCGGGACAAGUGCACGACGGGGCCACCGCCACGCCACCGGUGAAGAUGGUAGCUGAAGAACCCACAGAGAUAGAAACAAACAACGCUUGGCAGGACAAGUACCGAUUCAGUGAGAAUACAGAAAAGACCAUCCAACAGCCAGCGGAGGAAAAACCAUUCACCGAAGCCCCGGAGGUCGUAAAAGAGACGCUAAAAAAGGAAGAAGCAACAAAAAGGUGGGAAGCCACCGCCGCAGCCCCCGAUCCCUUGGCCUCCACCAGAGAACGAACCCUUACAACCCAACCACUCCCACUAGCAGAAACCACCCCCCAACCCUCCCCCUCCCCGGCCUCAGAAGUCGCGCGAGAGAACUGGGAGAAGAGGCGUGGGUCCCCAUUACCUCCAACCCCAGCCGAAGCACUCCUUGCGAAACCAGCGGUGGAAAAACCCACCCUUACUACUCCCGCGCCCGCUGAGGCAGUCAACUCCCAGCGGCAACAGGGAAAAUCAACACAAGGUAAAAAGCCAAAGAGAAAGAUAUUCUGGACAAGCGUUUGGAUGGCGGCGGCCACUGGCGGGACAUCGUUUUUGCUUGAGAAUUAUUGUUGAGCACUUUUGGUUUCGUUUUUGCGCACUUUCGUUUUGAUUUUCUCCUCUCCCCUUUGCAUGUUCUGCUGGUGGUGGUGGUGUAUUGUAUUACUGUUUUCCUGCUUGUUUGUUUGCAUCUAUUCCUUGGCCGAUUGACAGGCUUAGUUUGGCUUGAUGGAUUGUGUCCAUUCCACCCCGGGUUGUGGUGGCGGUGGUGGUAGCGGUGGGUAAAGUACAUAUAGGAAGGGAAUUCAUUUUGGCUUGAUUCA